GAAACACUAACACACAUGGUUUAGCAGCUGGCUUCAGUGGCUUGACGUUUCAAACAAGAGAAGACAGUAGCUAGCCUGCAAGUUACACAUUUAGCGACUUCGAAGUUGCAGAAAGACCUCCAGGUCUUAUGGACGUACCUGCCAGGGAUAGUCCUUCAGAGGAAGUCUCCAUCUCAUCUUUUCAUUCUGAAUAUCCUCCAGUCAACACUCGGAAAGAUGAGGAAACAGGAGAUGAAGGCACAAGAGAGGACACCUUCAGAGAGGACACCUUCAGAGAGGACACCUUCAGAGAGGACACCUUCAGAGAGGACACCUUCAGAGAGGACACCUUCAGAGAGGACCCAGCACAACCAACGGAUGUAACAGAGUUGUGUUUAGAGUUAGAUGCUACUAACUGUGAGGAUAAUGAUGACGACCUUGGGGAGGAUGGCGGACGUAGCGGAAAGAAGAGUUAUGCUGAGACAGCACGGAUGUUCAAGCUGAGAAGAAACCUGGACCAGCUGGACUGCUUCCACCGACAGAAGGAGCACAACGUGCUGAAAGCCAGAGAGGAGCUCAAAGUUUGCCGUCUGCAUAUUUCUGAGCUGGAGAGGCAGAGAGCUCGAGUGGAGGAGGAGAUAGAGCAACAGAAAGAGGACGACAACAGUGUGGCCGUGUUUCGCCUCCGAGCCCAGCACAAGCGCCUGUGUCAGGAUUUACAGCGAGAGGAGGAGCUGGAGUCACACGUGGCCACCACUCUGAGGGAACAUGAACUGGAAAUGUGUCAGGUGGAGGUGGAAAUGGGUCGUUUUUCCCUCCUCCGUGUGGAGGUGCAGGAGGAGGAGCAGGCCUACCAGGCGCUGCAGGCCCAGAGAGGGGAGGCCAGGCUGCAGAAGGAAUACACCUCCACCCAGAGCCUGCAGCUCCGGACACAGUGCCUCAAAGCGAGGCAGGCGGCCACACAGAAGGAAGAGGAGACUCACUGUCAGAGGACCACAGAGCUGGCCCAGGCUAGCCACCAGAAAGCAGCGCUGUAUCUAAAAGAGACUAUCAACAGGAUGCAUCGGGAAGAGGCAGAGAACGAGCAGCAGAGUCGAAGGCUGAGGCAGAAAAGGAUGCAGGCAGUCCUGUCAUUGAAGGCCAACAUUGCAGCCACCAAAGAGAGCCUGCGAGCCCAACAGACGAGGGCCAGAGCCCAGGCUCGGAGACAAGAGGAGGAGGAGAGACAGCUGAGAGAGUCCCUACAGACACAGGAUAUCAACAGCACCAAGUACAUCUACCAACAGAAAAAGCUCCAGGAAUUCCACCGAAAGAAAGAAGAAUUUCAGGAGAAGCAGAAAUCCAAACGGGUGGAAAUUGUCUCCAAGUUACUGCUGGAAGAGGAGUUGUUAGAGAGACGUAAGAGGCACCAUGCUCUGCUGUUCCCUCCCACCCAAGUCAGCCUUGUGGAGAGGUUGGCAGGGCAGGAGAGAUCUCCAGAGAAGCUCCUUCAGAGCCUUGAUCCACAGCCGGCAGAAACAAAGGAAGAGAAAAGAAAACGACAGAACACAGUGUUUAGUGACAGCAGCUCUUCAUCAGAGCUGUCUGACCAGGAGGAGAGCAGGGACCUGGAGGAGGACCAGGGCCUCACUGACAGCCUGGCGCAGCCUGAGUUCACUGGCCUCUGGGACCAGACACGUCAAGUUCACCAGAGCACUCCAAAUAAAGAUGCUAAAUCAUUACAGUCGCGAGCAGAGAGACAGGAUAUGUCUUUGCUGCCGGUGGGGAAACCUCCAGUGGCUGGUAAAAGAGUUAUACAGGGGAAGGAAUUUAAAGGCUCACUUUUCAUCAGUAAGCCAGAAAUCAUCUUCUUCAAGGAUUUUGAUGUGGGACAGACGUACAAGAAGAAGGUCAUCCUGACUAAUGUCAGCUACACAACCAAUUAUUGCAAGUUACUUGGUGUCACCAUGGAACUGAUGGAUUUCAUUUCUAUAAGCUUUGAGCCUCCUGGUCCAAUAUCAGCUGGGAUGGCCUGUGACAUGCAGGUCAUUUUUCAACCAAUGAUGAAUAAGGAUUUGAAGGGAGAGGUCCAGUUUGUGUCAGCAGCUGGCCCCUUCUCUGUGCCCAUCAGAUGUACCAUUAAGAAAUGUGAUCCGUCUGUGGACAUCGACCUCAUUGUCUUUGGUACCCACGUGGUGGGCCAGACCAUUUCCCGGGCUAUCACCCUGACCAACAGGGGGGCCCUGGGGACAUGCUUCACCCUGGUGUCCUCCCCCUGCCCUAGCCUAGCGCAGUCCCAGCUCCAAGCCCAGGCUCAUGCCUUGUCUGAGACCUCCUCCGCCAGCACCGAGCUUUCACAGGAAAGGAGCACUUCAAUAGCAGCAGCCUCUGACAGCCAGGAGAGCCCUGCAUCACGGGACUCAGGAGAACUCAAAUCAGAGAGGAAGAGUCAGGAACCCUUGCUAGUCUCAGACUCCAAACAGUCAGGGGCCCAGACACCUGCUGUGUCAGAGACCCUGGGGGGUGUGGAGGCUGCCUCAGGAAGACGCAGCCUGGCCUCAGAGCAGCAGGAGGGAGGCCCGGCCCUCAAGACCAGCACGGAAGAGCCCUCAGACAGCAGCAGUGACAUCACCAUCGGAGAGGUCAGAGAGGGGGAGGUGGGCCCGUUUGAAAGUGUCAAGUUGGAGAUCGUAUUCACACCCACCGUACCAGGGGAGGCUAAGUUGGACUUCCACAUCAAGUUCUCCGACCCAACCUGUGAACCAAUAUCCAUUGGGGUCCGAGGGAUGGCUGUGUGCGUGCCCGUGUGGGUGGCCCAGCCAAGCAUUGUCCUGAAGAUCUGCAUGUUCGAUCGCCUCUAUCAAGACAAUAUCGUGGUCCAAAGCAGAGCGAGCACAGCUCUUCAGCUGACAUUCAAGGUGUGUCCGGAGCUGAGGAACCACAUGGAGAUCCUGCCUAAGACCGGCUACAUCCAGGCCAGGUCCAGCUUCAACGCUAAGCUUAAGUUCCUGCCCAGACGUUCCUUGUUCGAGGAUGCAAAGACGUUUUUUGACAGCGAAACAGGAGUGCUGGAAGUCCCCUUGACAGUGCAAGUGGCUGAUCAGGUCCGGCCUGUUCCCUUCACGGUCCAUGCCGUCAUCACCUCCUCUGACCUGUGCUUUGACCGGACAGAGGUGGACUUUGGCCACUGCUCCAUCUACGAAUCAGUGAAGACCAGCGUGCGCCUCACAAACCUAACCCUCCUGCCCCAGGACUUUGGCUUUCUGAGCAUACCUCAGUUUGUGGAGGUCCAGCCCAACGACGGCUUCGGCACUCUCCUCCCAUUGGAAACCUUGGAGGUGGAUUUGAUCUUUAGCGCCAAGAAGGCAGGAGAGUACAGCUUUCAGCUCAACUGCAAAUCCGGAAUUAACAGAGACUUCCCCUUGUCAUGUCGUGCAGUCGGGGUGCACCCUCCGCUAGAGCUGUCUCACUCUCUGGUCCAGUUCGGAGCCACAGCGGUCGGUGACUGUUCCACAGCCGUGCUGCACGUGGUCAAUGCACACACCAGCCUCAACGAGUUCACACACCCCGUGCCCCGCAUUGGCCGGGACCCUGUUGCCCCGGUGGGCCCCCGGCUGUUCGCCUUCACUCCCCCCGAAAACUCAGAGAUUAGCCUCACCCCCAGGACAGGCCGGGUCUUACCUGGACAGAGGUGCCUGGUGCAGGUGACAUUCAGGCCCAGGCUGUGUGACCAGGCCAUAAGGGAAGAGACGGUGCGGCUGCUGUGUCGCUCCGAGGAGCUGUGCCUCCACGAGCUGGACAGGGUUACCAAGGCCGAGGGGAAGGGAGGGGAGGAGGAGGGGCCGUGUAAAAGGGAGGCCCCUACGGCCCCCCAGAAAGGCAAGAAGCCGCCCCCCGCCCGGCUCCAGGCGAAGCAGACCCUGAAGGAGAAGAUCAGCAAAGUGUCCAUCAGCCCCAAAACAGACAGCCCCUUCAGAGCCCCCAACCCAGCCGACAUACAGUCAGGAUCAGAGGAGUACGCUGCAGGCAGGGCCUCCCUCCUGCACGCCUUCCCUGAGCACUACAGUCGAUACGUCAUCCCUUGCUUCGUGUCCGACGGAGAUCCACCCCAGAGUGACCCCCAGGCCCAGCCAUCCUGCAGCAGCCCCCUCAACACGCUGUACCUGGAGCUGCAUUGCCCAGCCGUUAGGCCCCCCCUGGUGGUCGCGUCCAGUAACGGCCAGACCACCAUCAACUACCACCAGGUGGCUGUGGGACAGAAAGUGGUCAAAAAGCUCACUGUUCAGAAUAUUUCUCAGGAAGCCUUGGAGCUGAGGUCCUCAGUGUUGGACCUGAGUGGUCCGUUCUCCCUCCUAAAUGCUCUGAGACGGCUGGGUCCUGGAGCCACACACACAUUGUUACUGGCCUUCACACCUGCACAGGGAAAAAGGUACCGUGAGACUGUGGAGAUCCACAGCCCAAACAUGACCCUGGAGAUCAUGCUGUGCGGGGUGGGAGUGGAUCCCCUUCUCACCUCCUCCCACCAGGGUGGCCUCAUGGACUUUGGCUACAUGUUGGAGAAGGAGAGAGCCUCCCAGGUCUUUAAGCUGCAGAACAUGUCAUCUCUGGCGGUGCGCUUCUCUGUGCUGCUGCACAGCCUGACGCUGGGGUGUAAAGCCCAGAGUGGAGCAGACUCUUUCCCUGCCCUCCUCAGCCCAGGCCCAGAGGAACAGACACACCCCACUGUGGGGACCCAGAACUACAGUGGUCAGAGUGUGUUUAAUGUGACGCCCAUAGAGGGCACCAUCGCCCCAGGAAAGAGCCAGGACAUCACCGUGACCUUCCUGCCAGACCACGAGAGCCUCCACUACUCGGACAUACUGAAGGUGGAGCUCAUGAACAAGAGCACAGUGUGUGUCAUGGUGCUGAAGGGUGCAGCUCGCUCUCACAUCAUGUACCUGUGUGGAGGAGACCCGCUGGCAGUGCCCACUGAUGCCGUUCACCCUCUGCCAGCCUCUGGGGACUCUGAGCACAAAGUAGACUGUGAGGAGCCCCCUCUCCCUGUGCUGCUCACCCUUAGAGGGGUCUACAGAGAGGGGGCCAUGAGCCCAGCGGUCAGAGAGCUGGAGGUGGGCUGCAUCUGCUCCACACAGCCUAUGGCCAAGAAGAACGUGGAGUUCAGCUGGGAGGGCCUUCAGGCGCUGCAACAGAGGGGCUUCAGCGUGGAGCCGACCAGGGGCACGGUGGACGCUGGCCACAGACGCACCAUCACUGUGAUCUGGACUCCUCCUUGUGGCCUUAAGCCGAAUGAGGUGGUGCAGGUGUGUGCGCCCCUCACCCUGAGAGGAGACGAGACAGAGGUAUACAGUGUCACCCUGCUGGCCUUGGCAUCCAGAGCUAGUCAAGACCCUUCACACACACACUAACCAAUAUGCAAACAUAUAGAACACUUCACACACUAACCAAUAUCCAAAGAACACUUCAGAUGGGACUGGAGGAAGACAAACUUAACUCAUUGUUAUAUGUUUAAAUAUUGUUUAAAUACUUUAGUGUAAUAUGAGCGUGGACAAAAUGUCCCUUUGUUGUCAUGGUACUUAUUGGAAAUAAUAUUCAAUGUUUUAAAGCAUAAUUUUUAAGGCACUUUGUGGACAAGUUAGAUGAAUAUGGGUUAUUUUAUAAGCAAGAAAAUUGUGGAAAAAAUAUUAAACAUUGACAACAAUGUAUUUCAAUAAAGACCUAUGGGCAUAAUCACA